AUGAGCGACGAGCCCAAGCCCCAACAAAAGUUUCUCCCUCUGAGGGAGCUCAGUCUAAACUCAAGGCCUUUCGUGAAGCGUGCCAUUGCCUUUUCAUGUGACGGCGAGCUGGCCGUAGCCGCCGACGAUUCCGUCCAUGUCUACGUCCCAGAGUUUCCAGACCUCACUAAACGACGACAGGAGAAGGAGAAGCUGGCUCAAGCACAGGUUCAGCACCAUCAAAUCUUGGUACCUGGCUCGCACACCCCGUCAACGUCCUGGUCUGAUGAUGAGGAAGGCCAGAGCAAAAGCCGGCGCAACAACCCGAGAGCCCAAUUCUCCGAAGGCAGCAAACACAUGCCUGUCUCCUACCCGCCACUAGAUCCACGAAUCAACAGGGAGCUUUUCCAGACGCAGAAUCUUCCGUUUCCUUACGACAAUCAAGCAGCUGCUGGCGGUAACGACGAUGACGACUCUGAUAGUGAGGACAACGUCUCAGAUGCGCUGAGCUCUGCUGCUGACUCUGAUGAUGAUGACGGUGUCGGCGCCCAUCAGCGCGCAAAUCAACCCUUUGGCGCUGGCUUCGGGCCCAUUACUGGCGUGGGCAGUAGCAUGAAUCAUGUUGUGCGGAUAGCCUGGUCGCCCUCCGGGUUGGGACUCAACCGGCGACCCAUACUCGCCAUAUUGACGGGCUCUGGCACAUUGGCCAUGUACGGAGACGACAGCGCUGUGGCCAAUAUUCUACCGAGGGCAAACGAGGGAAUGCUGCAGCGUAGAGAGCUGAUUUCGUGGAGUGUGCUUUGGGGCGUCGGCGAAAGGCUGAUGGUGCCUGGUCAACAACUUGUCUUGACAGAGAACAUCCAUGGGUUUGCGUGGGCAAAAGAGAUUGCACCGGGACAGGCACUUCUCGCUACGAUUAAUGAUCAGAGAGAGGUAGCACUUAUUAGUGUGCAAAGUAUGCUGAAAGUCGACGAAACCAGGAGUAAAAGCAGCAUUUCCUUGCUGGUCGAAUCCAAGGAAAGCUUGGUGUGGAACUAUGUCGGCUUCCGUAAAGUUACGCUUGCCUCUAACUGGAAGCGAGGAGAGCUGCCGGAACUCAAGUCUGAGGAGACGGACACUUACGGCAGAUGCCUACACCUUUCAACAGACUCGUUUGUGGAGUUUGAAGACGCUGUUUGGAAUGCAGGCAGGGUCAAAUACUGUCGUGGCUUCAUCGUCACGGGCUUUGACUACAAGCCAUUUGAGGUAGCUGUCGUUGGCGGUGAGGAAUACAGCUGUGAGUCUCAUGAUUCUAGUGAUUGUGGAACGACAUAUAUGGAUGAAGCUGUUGACCAGCAAUCAACGAAUCCUAUCAUCGACCUCGUCAUCCACCGUCCAGACCUUAAGAAGCAGACACCCGUUCCGCUGUUUACUCUUAUUCGCAUGUCGGCAACCUCUACCAAUCUCGACUGGUAUGAGACGAACGUACCUGCUCUUCCUGGUGAAGUUGCUACGUCGAUCAACGAGGAUAGUGACCUUGUUAAUUCGCCGAGCGAGACUCACGAGCCGCAAUGGGUGACUCAGGUUUUGCAAAAGUUGGCUGUCAGUGUUCCCGCAGACAUGCAUUUUAAGCGGGGUUACGGAGAUGAUGAUGAUGUAUCAGUGGCGUCUGACGAGUCCGAUGAGGACGAAGAUCUGGACGACGAUGACUUUUAUGGCAACGACGAUGAUAACACCAUCGACAUGACCAACAAUGGGAAAGAUGCAAUGGCGGUGGCGCCAGAAGUUCCGGAAAUCCACCCACAUCGGUUUAGACUACACGGUCUCACGGUAUCAUCCGGUGGGAACGUCACGGCCAUGAUUGCCAGUUUACAUAGCACGCAGCACCCGGAGCGCGGCGGUUGGCACACGGUCCGAUCAACUGUGUUUUUCGGAACCAAGCCGCGGAAAAGAGGGGCUACAUUGCCUUACGAUCAGGCCGAUCAAGUGCAAGAGGCGACAGAGAAGGAGAAGGAGAGAGGCGCCGAAGAAGCCAUUGAUCCUGCCCUCCGUGGGCCUGAAAGGCCCUUGACUCCAUCACCGGUGCCGACACGGAACUCUGUCACCAAAUCAGCAGAACCUCAACAAUCCCAGUCUAGGCUGACGACCGAAGCCCGUCUUUUCGAAUGGCUAUACGGCGGCGGCGAUGAAGUUCCCGGCGUAACCAUCAACCAUCCCUCUAACCUCGUUAACCUCAACGCUCCUGAACACCAGUUUCCGCAGAAGCUCAAUACCCUUUUUGCGUACGCCAUAGCCCGCCAGAAAUGUGACCUCUGCGGCGCCAGAAUUUUGCCACCUGUCACCAAAAAGCAGCAACACUCACAGCAACAACAACAAAAAGACAAACGCAGCGGCCUAAGCGGCUGUGAGAACGGCCACUUCUUCAGCGUGUGCACGACAAGUGGACUGGCGAUCCAAAUGCCCGGAAUCACGAGGAACUGCGGCGCUUGUGGAUCGAGGACGAUGCGGGCAGAGAUCUUGGCUCGCAAAUGUAUACCUCCUAAUCCCAAGUUUAGUGAUGAAGAUAAGCAGCCCGAGCAGCAGGUUAAGGACAAAGAUGGCGACGUAGAGAUGCAGGAAGGGGAAGGUGAUGCGGAUGCCCGUCCUCUGACCGAAGAGGAACAGCUGGAUAUUAAGAGGAAGAAUGCUGAGAAGAGGAUCAGGGGAGAGAUCAUCGCCAUGUUGGGUGAUGGGAUCUGUGGUGGGUGUGGUGGCAAGUUCUUGAAUUAG